CGCAACCUCAGUUUGCGAAUUUCGCUCCUCAUGUACUUCAUGUUGCAAUGGCUUGUGCAAAUCACCUGUGGCAAUGAAGCGUGUACAAUGAUUAUGAACGUAUUUGGAUAUACUGCAAUGGGACAGUUGUUCGUCUUACUCAUUCUUUUGCUGCUGUCAAUAAUAUGUGGCCUUAUACUGGUAGGAUAUGGACUGAACUUCCACCGCUCAAAGUACCUGCCUAUUAUUAUAGCUAUGGAACGACUGUAUGCGAUUCUCGGGAUUCUGCUUUUCAUGAUUGCUGCUAUAUUGGGUACAUGGAUGGCUGUGCGUACUGAUGAUGAAACUGUGAACUAUCAAGGAAGAGGGAAAUUUCAUAUCCGAGGUCAAUGGAUAGCUGCAGCGGUAAGCAGAAACUCAUGA